GCGUGGCGCGGGGCCCGCGGCCGGACGAACCUGCCGACGGCCCACGUCGAUCCCGUGGUGGUCUCUGCUGCUCGGCAGAUGAGUCAAGACUUCGCGCCGCUCCCGUUCUACAAUGAGAAGGAGCACAAGCGCAACGCCGUGCGCCACGCCCAGACCUUCUCGUCGGAUGCGGCAACCCUGGAGAGCUUCUCGACGCUGUCGGCGGCCGUGCCAGACUACCAGAACCCGUUGCUGCUUCAGCAGGAGCGGCGGGCCAGAGAGGCGCUCGAGACGGCUCACGCCUGGAGGGCCUACACCCAGAGGGGCGGCGACGACCCGUUCGAGACUGAAGCGGCCAG